AUGAGCACAAGCGCGGCCAACGCCGAGCUCGUGGGGGCAGACAACACCCUUGUUGAUAAUUCACCGAGACCGACAAGAACCACCAGGGAUGAUGCCGAGUCAUCUCAAACCAUUCUUUUCGAAGACCAUCGGGGCGAAAAUUACGUCUGGCCCUUUGAGCUAUGUCGCACAUAUGAGGCUAUCAAACCACUCAUUGAAGAGGUCUAUGUCUCUCAUGGCGAUGCUUAUCAUCUCAGCGAAGUGAGAAAUGGAAACUAUGACAUUGAAACCGAUGGUGCAAUCAUCCUCCCAUCAGUCUGGGGCUUCGUCGUCAAGCCCUCCAAAAACAUCAAAAUCUCCUUCCGGCGGGAUGACAUCCUGAGACGACAGUCUCUGCCGGAGAGCAACGAAGGAGAAUGGGACCCCAUACCACAAGAUCAAUUUGCAAAUGUGCGUGGGCCCGAACUGAGGCGACGAUCAUCACCGGAUCGCACCCAAGGUCAAUGGCGCCACAUCCAUCGGACUCGGUUCGACAAUGUGCGCACGUCCGAAUUUUUGCGACCACGUGAAUAUGUUGAAGAGGUCACUAUUGACGUGGACACCCAGCAUGUUCGAGCAUCCAAGCCUCACACUCCAUCUCGAUCCGAGGAACGCCUAUCGAUCGGCGAGGAUAAUCAGAGUAGCGAAUCUGAUUCUGACGCCGAUUCUUUGAUUUCCACGUCUGAUCAGGGUAACGGCUUCGCCCAAGAUGUUGACAAUCUCGAGAUCAUCCGAGAAGUUCCUCCAAUCGUUGAUAUCGACGGAAACAGAAUUUCAUUUGCUGUCGACACCUCCAAGCUCUCCCAGUCACUUGUAACUCACGGAAACAUUGAACGAAACAGGUGCGAUGAGAGACAGCUGCGGGAGAAAGAGCAUACUGGGCAAGGGUCUCUCGAGAAAUACAAGAUCACAAAGGCAGUUAUGGGUGAAAUAGAUGGCCGAACUGUCAUCCAGAUCUAUACACUACCAGGACCGACCAACCCUAAACUACACAAUGGUGUGCAAAUAACAUGGCAUCAUAUGCAUUCCCCGCAACUCAGCUGGGCCCGCUUCAAGGACCUCUGUCUGGAGUUGCCGGACCUAUCUGGUCGCCUCAAACUACUCACUAGGGAGGCUUUCGCUCGAAUUGAGAGACACAAAGUCAAGGCAUUCCUCGACGGCUUCUUCAUAGAACCGGGAACUGUCCUGAGGACCAUUGAAAAGUGUCAGCCUGAUCCGCAAGCCGUCAUAUUCAGCUGCAUACCUUACCUUGAGCUUGAGCAACCGCAUGUACCGCUUCUGCAGAAGUCGGGAGACCGGCUCUUUCCACCUCGAACGCUGAUGCAAGCGAUGUAUCCAUACGAGCCAGUUCGAGAUAGAGACUCGGAACAAGCCUAUCUCGUCACGUGUGGGCACCGACCUCUCGCGGACGAAAUGGUAAAGUCGAUCGGAGUUGUGAAGGAAGACCUGAGUCAAUUAGGAGCCGCUGAUGUUGCGAAGAACUCUUUGACUACCUGGAACUCUCCGGCAGGUGGAAGACUAGUCACGGCCAGCAAUUGGAGGACCAUCAUCAAACGAACGGAUCUCCUUUCGAUUGAUCUGGAAUCUGCCGAAGGGACUUUGACGGCAUCUACGAUCGAAGAACCCGGGAUCAAUCAUUCGAACACCAGUGGCUCGGUACCGCCUUUCUUCAUCUGGUCACCUGCUGAUGGCUACAAGUCCAUCCUGGCAACUUCGGACCCGCAGGGUGGAGUAUCAAUCGAAGCUAGGCAUGAGAGUCUAUGUCUUGAGUAUGCGGAGAAGAGCAUGAUGAACGAAACUUUAAGCAAAUAUGACACUACCAAUGUAGUGGACAAAACCUUUGCUUCGACGACGUACUAUCAGUCUCUCCCUGAGGGCACGCAUGAGCAUGUCAGAGCACAACUUCAGUCGUUAUGCUCCGAAAAUGUGCGGGCAGAACAGGCUCCGGCCAGUCAUGAAAGCUCUCAUGCUGCCGUGAUCGCAACCCAAUGCACGGACAUAGUGGACAAGGCGGACAUGUUUUGCGGAAUUGUUCAAGCGACCUUCUCACUCUUCGUGAGCGACACUGACAAUAGCAGCAUCUUGCGAAAAGUUUGGAGUGCAAUGGAAAACAUUCACAAGUGGGCGGUAAAAGUGCGAACGCGUGGUGCAGUGGGGGGAAGUACAUCCGAGCCCGCGGACUCUGGGAUCCGGCAUCGUCGGAUGGCCAAUUCUGGUUGGUACAUCAGAGGUGGUCAAGAAGGAUCAGUCCUCUUACCGGAAGCUGAUAAGAAGCUGAGACGUUCGAUUGAGCGUUGUCGGCGAUGCACGAGCACGGCUCCCUUCGAAAAUGCUGAAACUGCAAUCACACACUUGCGAAGCCAUUCGAAAUCAGCCUCGUCAGAAGCAAAAGGGUCGUCCGACGUAAAGGUAUCCGUGCCAGCGAAGAGUGCUGACAAGGCCAACCUCAAUGACUGGAUCAUCCACGCAACACAAUUCGAACGCGAAAAGUCGAAUGCUGGUGGACUUAAGAUACUCACACAAGCCUGCGGAGAUGCACUGGAUCUACUCGAGCGAGGAAAGGGACUUACCGAUGGUGUCAAGAAUGAGGAUGGCAGCAAGUCAGACUUGUACACCUUCCCGCGGGAACUACUCGAGGCUUUUCGAAAGCUCAUCGUAUUCUACCUGGCAGUUGAGCGAGCUCUGUACUACACCGAAAAAUCAUACCAGAAUGUCGAAGAUACCAUGAACGUAGAACGCGAACUACCGUACUCCGAAGAGGGCCUGAGAGUACUGAAAAGAUUUGCUCAGGGUGUCGAUAAUUCUCUCCUCCUUGCUCGAUCAGAGCUAUGCUCCAUGGUAAGACCUGAGAUUUCGACGGACCCUAUGCACAACUUGGAGCUGGGGCCAGAGUAUGUUUGCAGCUGGCUCAUGAGAAGACUGAUGGCCAAGCCGCUGGAGAAGCUCAACCAUCGUCCGGGUAAAAGGCUCAUCCGCGAUCUGAAUCUACUCCAGGAAGAGCUACAAGUUCUCGCCAUGAUCAACAAAUCGCAGAUGAACGUUGUACACAACUAUAUGCGCGUCCUCGACGACACGACAUAUGAGAUCGACGUGCCAACUCGUCGUGCCAUGUUUCCUUUAGAGCGCAUGCUUCUCCAGUCCUCUCUCGAGAACCUUGCUCUAUCGCGCGAGGAAUACGACGACCUGAUAAGACGCAGCGGACCACUUUCGGAUCAAACAAAACAGAGCUUGGAGAUAUACGAAGAAGACCAUGGCAAAGCCAUCACGGCAUUUACCGUCGUGACCGUCAUCUUCCUGCCCCUAUCUUUCGUUACCUCAUUUUUCGGCAUGAACACCGUUGACAUUCGAGACAUGACUUCCGGGCAAAGUUUAUUCUGGGCCAUUGCUCUACCACUUACGUUCAUCACUAUCGGAGCAACCGUUCUCAUCGGCUAUAACGGCGACACAUUGCGUGACAUCAUCGCUAGUGUGUACUAUCGUAUCAUUGGAAAGCAGGACAGCAGCAUAUCGGCUCGCGGCAUCAGCGUGGCUCAACGAAAGCGCGCAAAACAACUCCAGCAGGACGAGAAUAACUCGCUCGACACGAGUCUCGCCGACGAAGCAGAAUAUGCAAGGCCUCAACCGGUAGCCAUCUUGGACGAGCGAUACGACACCGGAUACGUUCCACACACAACAUAUACCGAGGCGAUUGAGCCCAUAGCUCACAUCCGGAAAUCGGAUCCUUACGUUCCAACAACUGAUGCCUGGUUCCGAACGCAGCGGCUCAAUACCGCACCCAUACCGCCACGGAUAGCAUCACACGAGCCAGCGCGACGGUACGGUGCGCGUCAUGUGCAAAGAUCUUUCAGUUACCACGAUGACGGACAUUAUACGGGAAGGGCAGGACGUGCACCGGCGGUCCAUUACUAUGAUGACAUCGUUCGGCACGAUGGUGGUGGUGUCUUGCAGGAUGACUACAGUUGGCAUAAGAAGGGUAGACAUCGGCAUGUUGGCGAUGAGCCACACAGAAGGCGGUGA